UUAUUUUAUUGAUAUUUAUUAAGAAAAACAUGACACAUUUUUAAUUUAACUACAUUUUAAACUUUCAGUAAGAAAUCAUCUAAUGAAACAUCAGGACGAUUCAACAUAUUCGACAAAUACCUUUAAAAAUUUACUGUUCGUAAGAAAUGAAAAACCAAAACUUGAUCACUACAUUUUAUUUUUCCUAUUAGUCAAUAAAUAUUAGAUACAAUGUAACUAAUUUUAUUUAAAUAUUUCUUUCCUUAAUAAAUUAUUUUUAUUUUUUUAUCAACUAUUUUCUAUUAAAUACUAAUUUCCUAAUUUUCUAUUUUUUAAUUUCUUUAUUAAAUACUAUUAAUUUUUUUGUUUUAUAUAUGAAUUUAAAUUUCCAUUAACAUUUAAAAAAUACCCGACAUGUGUUUACUUUACUUUGACUACUUAUUAAAAGUUUUAGUAAAAAAUAGAUGUCUCAUCUAUAUAUGCUUAUGAAACGUCGUGAAUCUAAGUAUAUAAAUCGUUGAAGUUUUAUUUUCUCAGUAAAUCACAUUUUAUUUUUUAUAUCAACUACAUUUUUAUUAAAUACUAAUUUUCUAUUUUUUUUUAAUUUCUUUAGUAAAUACUAUUUACAUUUUUGUUUUCUUUGUAAAUUUAAAUGCCCAUUAAUGUUUCAAAAUUUACACGACGCGUGUUUACUUUAAUUUGACUACUUAUUAAAAAAUUAGUAAAAACUAGAUAUGCAAUCUAUAUAUACUUAUGAACCGUCGUGAAUCUUACUUGAGAAGAAAAAAAAUCAAUCGAAGCUUUGCAUCUUCUCAAGAAAUGAGGAACCACAACAACAACUCCUUGAACAACUUGAACGCACCUGGAAAUGAUGCAUGGUCUGAUUCGGAUCGUGGCCCAAGUUCUUUCCGGACGCGAAGCCCAGGUGCUGCUCUGCCUCUCUCCGCUUCGCUUGGGAGAAUGACUUAUCUAGUCCCGUUCCCCGACCUUAAUCUCAUGCCGGAUUCCCCACCCCCCGAAACCUCCUCCACCGCUGGAUGGUCAUUUGCUCCGACACUAGAUGUUGAAGCGGACAAGGGUUCGAACUCCCUCGCGAUCGUCCCCGUACCGGAUCACGAAAACCACCAGGCUCUGGUGGUUCAAACGCUCGACCAGGACGACCAGGGACUUGACCGGUAUGUCUUAAAACGGACUCGAAUGAUCUACGACUCUCUCCUGAUUCAUCUCACUGUGGAGGGACCUAAACCCAGCAGAGCCGUCAAUGUCAAGGCUUGGAGGCUGAUGAAAGAACGUGAGUUGUGGCUGAACAAGGGCCAACACUUGGUAGGUUCAGUCCCCGGGGUUGAGAUCGGGGACAUAUUCUUUUACCGUAUGGAGCUUUGCAUGUUCGGCUUCCACCGCCAGUCACAAGCCGGAAUUGACUAUACAACGGCUCAGCGAAGCUCCUUUGGCGUGCCUAUAGCAACCAGCAUCAUCGUAUCGAGUGGCUACGAGGACGAUGAAGACAGAGGAGAUGAACUGGUUUAUUCGGGCCAGGGUGGUCGGGACAAAUCCGGGCAGCAACGUCACCAGAAGCUAGAAGGUGGGAAUCUUGCUAUGGUACACAGCAUGCAACACGGUGUCGCGGUACGCGUCAUUCGCGGGCUAGAGUACAAAAGCGAAGUCCGCUCGAAGGUGUUCGUGUACGACGGCCUGUACAGGAUCACAGAUUGCAGCCUUGUUAGAAAGUCAGGGUUUGAUAUCUUCAAGUUUACACUUGUUAGAAUCCAAGGACAGCCCGAGAUGGGGAGUGCAAGACUGAAGCGUGCGCUAACACUUAGAAACACACCAUUGGCUGCGAUGCCUGCUGGGUAUAUAAGCUUUAACCUUUAUGGUAAAAACGAGGGUGUCCCGGUGUAUCUGUAUAAUGACAUUGACUAUAACCGCUCACCGCUGAACUAUGGCUACAUCUCGCAAUCUGACAUUAGUAGUGUGAUUUCUGCUCAAGGAGGGAACAACGGUGGAUGCAAUUGUAAACUCUCAUGCACUGAUGAUUGUAUAUGCGUAAGGAAGAAUGGUGGUGAGCUUCCUUACAGCCCUUAUGGAUAUUUGUUGAGAGGGAAACCCGUUAUUUUCGAAUGCGGGGUUACUUGCAAGUGCACUUCUGGUUGCGCCAACCGUGUCGCGCAAAGGGGGCUGAGGAAGAAGAUGGAGGUUUUCCGAACCAGGGAAGCUGGUUGGGGUGUUAGGUCGCUGGAUUUGAUUCACGCGGGCGAGUUUAUCUGUGAGUAUGCUGGUAUUAUGGUCACAAAAGAGCUAGGGGAGAUUUUGUCGACGAACGGGGAGAGUCUGGUCUAUCCGGGACGGUUUGCUGGAAACUGGAAGUUGUGGGGUGAUUUAUCUGAUGUUUACCCGGAUAACGUCCAGCCGAGUUAUCCUACUCUCCCACCAAUUGAUUAUGCAAUGGAUGUGUCGAGGCUGAGAAGCGUGGCUGCUUUCAUUCGUCACAGCAGAGAACCAAAUGUGAUGGCUCAGUUUGUGUUCCAUGACCAUAACAACUUGAAGUUUCCUCGCGUCAUGCUUUUUGCACUGGAGAACAUCUCACCGUUAACCGAGCUAAGCCUGGACUAUGUGGUGGUCGAUGAAGUGGACGAGAGACUCGCCAUCGGUGGCUGAGUAGUUUCCAAAGCUUGUUUCUGUAUUUUUUUUUUUUUUUUUUUUGUGUCUUACAAACAAAAGCUUUUGAAUUUGUUUCUCCAGAUUUUCCUAUAUCUUUCUGCAAGUUAAUGUGUCAUACUAUUUUUUGUAUUAUCUCAUCUGAUCUGAUAUUUUUGAGUAUUAUUUAUUAUUUUCUGAAGCGUAUGAAAAAGUCAUAAGAGUAUGAUUUCACUUUCAUGACCAAGACAUUCAGUAGACAUACUGUCCUUAUAUCAAGUCAACUUUAGAGUGAUUAAGAUUCUAAACAUUACUGAUUUUGGUUGAUUUGAGGAAAGUGAAACCCUUCUCCACUACACAUUAUUGUUGAUAGAAUGAGUGUUUAAUACUCUGAAUCAAUCAGAGCAUUUUAUAAGGAUAAAACCUCUAUUGAAAACUUUCCGCCUUAAGUCAAGUCUCAUCAAAGUCAAAUCAAAAGCUUCCUCUGCUUUUGCCUCUCAUAUCAUCUGUUUCUUGGCUGCAAAACAAAGACAUUUAUCUGGACAGAUUAGUGUACUCUAUCUUUGUUUGAUUGUUCAAGUGAACUAAAUGUGUUUCUCUUCUGGUUCUGCCAAUUCAAAGAGUUUUCGUAUGUCAGAAUUUAGACAAAUACUACAUUUGGUUCAUUUAACUCGUGGAAGGAAAUCACUGUGGAACAACUGAUGAGCUUCACUCACUUUCAUCACUAAAAAGUCUUAACUCACAUUCAUAAUCAACCUCAAGAUUGAAGAAUUGUCAUAUACUUAAAUAGUCUACAAUUCACUAAAAGUUUCAAAGUGGAACAUUCUAAUACACUCACAAUUAAAUAUCUGAACUGUGAAAUUUAUGGGAUUGGACAUCCAUGGAUAGACUACAAGUCUACAAUCAAGAUAUUUUCAAAAUUUGACCGGAGGAGUUGCGGUGGAAAUAUCUGGCAAAUAAGGUUGAAUGAGUCAAAUUUUAAUGUUACUUAAUAUUUAUCUUAUUUUAUUUUAUUUUUGUUUACUUAAGUUAUUCUAAAUUAAAUUUAGUAUAUGUAUUUAUGAAAAAAAUAACUGUAAAAACCGAAAAAAAUAACUGUAAAGACAAAAAAAAAAGAUAGUUUUGAAGUUGUGAAUAGUAAACUUCAAAUUUUAAGUUUUACUAUAGGUUGGAAAUGUUCUUAGAGUCAAUAGUCAAAGUCUGUAUACCAAAACUAAUUUUGAAAAUAAAAAUAUUUUAUUCUAUAAAUAGAGAAAUUAAAAGGUUUGUUUCCACUUUUUGUACAGAUUAUCAUUUCUCUAUUUUUAGAAUGAAAUAUAAAAUGAUAUUGACAAUUUUUUUAUUCUAAAAUGUGUUUAGAGUCAGAAUAAAGAUAGAGUGAAGAUACUAUCACAACAUUAUAAUUGGCGAGAGACCCAUGGAUAUCUCACUAAUAUAUUUAUUUUAUUUUUCAUAUAAGCUAAUUAUUUUUUUAGUUUUUAAGCUAAGAAAAAAAUGUAAAUCAUUGAUAGAAAGUCAUGUGUCAUUUGAAUUUUUCCGGAAAAUAAAUAAAUUCUCACUUGGAUACUAUUCUCAUCUCAUCCUCUCGGACAGACCCACUUUAAGAAGAGGUAUGGCACGUGCCACUUACUGAUUAUAUAACUUUCUUGUGAUUUUAAAAACAGAAAAAGAUAUCUAGCCCUUUUAGUUUAAGUGGUUUCAUGUGCCCCAGAUGAUUCCAAGUUCGAAGCCCCUUAAAACCGUCCUACUCUCUUUCUGUUUCUUCUUCUUUUUGUUUUCUUAAUUUUCUACACACUUUUGUUAUCAUUUCAUACAAUAAUUUUCCUCUUUAUUUUCUUUUGUUUUUGUUACA